AUGGGAUCCUUAGAGGAGCAGAAAGCUAUUCUCGAUGAAGCAGAAAGCCUCAUUGAAAGACGUGAUUAUGAUGGCGCAAUGUCAAAACUUUUAGAAGUUGAUCAUCCAGAUCUUCAAUCAAGACGUGACUUCUUAAUGGAGCAAGCCCAAAGACAAGGCAAGUAA